AUGAAAUGCCUACCCGCUUCAAAGCUCCCUCAAGCCAACGGUGUAGCCCUCCACGACUGGCACGCCGAGGUUCUCACCAUCCGGGCCUUCAAUCGGUUUCUCUUGAACGAGUGUCGCCGGCUGGCCCAGGAUAGCUCUGCAGAAUCCGAGUAUCUCCUGCGGCGGACCGGAGAGGAGCUAUCCGCUUCCUCCAAUAGCCCCUGGCAUCGCCAGCCGUUCACCUGGCGGGGAUACCUCACCCUACACAUGUACUGUUCUGAAGCUCCUUGCGGCGAUGCCUCCAUGGAGCUCGUCAUGUCCUCCCAAGCGGACGCCACCCCCUGGACAAUCCCCCCCUCCCUGUCACCCUCACCUUCACCGGCCACAUCAGCCAACACCUCCCCGGCGGCGAACUCUCCCAACCCAACCACCUCCCCACCAUCACCACCACCACCUCCUCAACCAACAACCCUCCUAGGACGAGGCUUCUUCUCCCACCUAGGCAUCGUCCGCCGCAAGCCGGCCCGCGGCGACGCGCCCCCGACCCACUCCAAGUCCUGCAGCGACAAGCUCGCCCUCAAGCAGUGCACCUCACUGCUCUCCUCGCUCACCUCCCUCUUCGUCUCGCCGCAGCACUGCUACCUCUCAACCCUCGUCCUGCCUGCGCCGCAGUACUCGCCCGCGGCAUGCCGCCGGUGUUUUUCGGCUGAUGCCAAAGGUGAUGGAAAUGGUGAUGGCGGGACAGCGGUCGAGGGGCGGAUGGCCGCGGUCAGGGGCAGGGUGUGGGAGGGGAUGGGGUAUGGGUUCGUCCCGUUUCGGGUGGAGAUUACGGGGAAGGAGUUCGAGUUUUCGCGGAGGGGAAUCUCUGCUUCUCUUGGAAAUGAUGGUGAGGGUGAGAAGGACAUCAAGGUGGCGACGAGUAACCUGGCCGUUGCAUGGACGGCUGACGGGGAGGUUGAUGAGGGCUUGAUUGGCGGGGUGCUGCAGGGGAGGAAGGCGUUUGACUUGAGAGGAGCGAGCUUGACGUCGCGGAGGAGGAUGUGGGCUGCUGCGAUGGAGGUUGCUGGGCUGUUGGAUAAUGAGGGGAUAGCGAAGCAGUUGGGGAAGGGCACGUAUGACGGGCUGAAGGAGGGGGAACUGCUGGCGGCUAGGAGGCGGAUCAAAGAAGACGUGAGAGCAGAGGCGUUGAAAGGCUGGCUGAGGAACUGCGGUGAUGGAGAGUUCAGUUUGUGA